UUUUUUAAUUUCUAUACAGAUAUUGCAUUCUUUAAUUUUAAAAUAUGGCUGAAAUUGGUACCGAUGAAGGUGCCAUGGAAAUAGAAACUAAUGAUGGUUUGGGUUAUGAUAGUCUUCCUGGAACUCCUGAACAAGAGAAAUAUAGAAAAAAAUCUAGAAAAAAAGACAGAAGCGGUAAAAAAGCAAAGAAAAAACGUAAGACCGAAGCCAGCGAUGAGGAUAACGAAGGAUCUGCUAUUGAAAGUGAUCCAGAAGUGUCUUUUAACAUCGAUGGAGAAAAACAGAAAAGGAAAAGGAAGAAGGACAAAAAAAAGAAGGUUGAGGAUAUAAAGACAUCUAAAGAGAUUUGUGAGGAGUGGGGUUUGCCUCCAUUUGAGCAUGAUUAUACUGAUGAAGAGUAUAAAACCUAUGUAACUUACCGACUUUUCAAUCAGUUUGCCAGAACAAAACUUGCUACAUUAUAUCCAAGUCUUGUAAUAGCAAAAAUGUAUCCGCUUAUAAAUGCGCUGUGGAGGGAAUUCCAGUCUUUGGAAGGAUUUCAAGAGAUGCAGGAAUCGAGCAGUAAUGCACCAUCAUCGGGUGUGCCAACGCCAACAAUGAUGGCAGCUGAGAUGGAAGAUUCACCCCAGCCUUCUGUUUUGCGAGGUCCCACUGCUUCUGUGGAUGUGGUGCCUGUGGACAAAAAGAGCCGUAGUCGUAGCACCACACCAAAAUUUGGGAUGAAGAAGGAAAAAAAAGUUGCUCCUCUUCGUAUCAGGCUUCCCAUGAAAAGAAAAAAGAAAGAUGCUUCGAGCGAAGAAGAAAAUUCACCAUCAGAUAAUGAUUCAGAUAUGGAUUUUGCAGAGACCUUGGCAGCUUCUGUUUUAGAGGGUGAAACCAAACCAAAGCAAUCUAAAAGAGGUGGAGCAAAGGGAAGAAAGGUAAAAAGCACAAAGAAGAAAACAAAGCCUAAAAUGAGAGAUCCAAGUGAAGAAGGAUAUGAAACAGAUCACCAAGAUUACUGUGAUGUUUGUAAACAAGGUGGCGAAAUUAUUUUAUGCGACACAUGUCCUCGUGCUUUCCAUCUUGUAUGCUUGGAUCCCCCAUUAGACAAAGCUCCAGAGGGUAAAUGGCCUUGCCCUGUUUGUCAGGCACAAGGAAUCAAACCAAAAGAUAGUGAUGCUGAAGAGUUUUCAGAGGAAGAAGUUGAGGAAGAGGUUCAAGAAGAAGACGAUCAUAUGGAGUUUUGUACUGUUUGCAAGGAUGGUGGGGAUCUGCUAAUCUGCGAUACUUGUCCAAACUCUUAUCAUUUAAAUUGUUUGAAUCCGCCUAUGGUUGUUGUUCCAGAUGGUGAAUGGUCAUGCCCAAGAUGUGCUUGCCCACAACCCAAGGGUAGACUUGAAAAGGUGAUGGCUUGGAGAUGGAGAGAUGCUCCAUAUACUGAAGUACCUGAUGAUAGACCGGGUAAUGAAACAGGCAAGAAAAAGUUGUGGGGUUAUAGACAGCGGGAAUUUCUUGUAAAAUAUUAUCAUCUAUCUUACUGGGAAGUGGAAUGGAUAACAGAGCUACAACUUGAAAUUUACUUCAUUCAUCAGUGGAGAACAUUCACGCGUCGUAAUGAUAUGGAAGAGGAAACACCAUUGGAAUGGGACGAUGAGUGGACAAAUAAAGAAUUGGCGAACAAGUAUUACAAAUAUGGUAUAAAUCCAGACUGGCUUGCAAUACACAGAAUUAUCAAUCAUAAAAAAGCAGGGAGAAGCGGCCAAAUCCAAUAUUUAGUAAAAUGGAAGGAUUUGGGAUAUGAUAAGGCUUCGUGGAUAUUGGAAACCAAUGAAGAAGUCAUUGGAUUACAAGAUGCUAUUAAAAAGUAUCAUGAACAUAGAGAGAGUAUAGAAGGAGCAGCAAAAGAAAAAAAGAAGAAAAAGCGCAGAGAAGACAGAAAAAAAGAAGACAAACCUGAUCCUUCUGAAAAGUACGAAGACCAACCUACAUACAUCACAGAUAUUGGUGUUGCAUUGCAUGAUUACCAACUAGAAGGUCUAAAUUGGCUUAGAUUUUCUUGGUCACAAGGUACCAACACCAUUUUAGCAGAUGAAAUGGGACUGGGAAAAACUAUUCAAACUAUUGUAUUUAUAAAAUCAUUAGUUCAUGAAGGUCAUUCGAAGGGACCUUUUUUAAUAUCGGUACCAUUAUCCACUAUGAUCAAUUGGGAACGAGAAUUUGAAUUGUGGGCACCAGAACUUUAUGUUGUAGCUUACUAUGGUGGAAAGGAUUCUCGGGCAGUCAUUCGGGAACAUGAAUUUUCAUUCACUGACAAUGCAAUCAGAUCAGGAAAUAAAGCAUACAAAAUGAAAACCGGAUGCCUUGUUAAAUUUCAUGUCUUGCUGACGUCAUAUGAAAUGUGUUCCAUCGAUAACACAACUUUGGGGUCUGUCGAUUGGGCAGCUGUUUGUAUUGAUGAGGCACAUAGACUGAAAAACAACCAGUCAAAGUUUUUCAGAGUGCUAUCUGAAUAUAGCUUUGGAUUCACACUUCUACUGACAGGAACGCCAUUACAAAAUAACCUAGAAGAACUUUUUCAUCUGCUGAAUUUCUUAUGUCCAGAGAAGUUCAAUGAACUAGAUGUCUUUCUUGAUGAGUUUGCUGAUAUAUCACAAGAAGAUCAGAUUUCGAAAUUGCAUGACAUGCUUGGACCACACAUGCUGCGUAGACUAAAAGCAGAUGUCCUAAAAAAUCUUGCAUCAAAAAGUGAGUUCAUAGUUCGAGUCAACCUUUCACCACUUCAACGAAAAUUUUAUCGAUACAUUCUCGCCAGAAACUUUGAAGGUCUAAAUUCAAGAGGAGGAGCAAAUAAUUCUUCAUUGCUUAAUAUUAUGAUGGAUUUAAAGAAAUGUUGCAACCAUCCAUACCUGUUUAAUAAAGCUGCAGAGGAAGCUACACGUACGGCAAACGGUGCGUUUGAGGGUCAUGAAUUGAUCAAAGCAAGUGGAAAGCUCAUUGUUUUGCAUAAGAUGCUUCGUAAGUUGAAAGAACAAGGAAAUAGAGUUCUGGUCUUCUCCCAGAUGACAAGAGUUCUCGAUUUAUUAGAAGAUUUCAUGGAAUAUGAAGGUUAUAAAUACGAGAGAAUAGAUGGAUCUAUUACUGGUUCUUUACGUCAAGAAGCAAUAGAUCGCUUCAAUGCUCCUGGUGCUCAACAAUUUUGCUUUUUGCUAUCAACCAAAGCUGGAGGCUUGGGUAUAAAUCUGGCAACUGCUGAUACUGUCUUUAUAUAUGACAGUGACUGGAAUCCUCAUAAUGAUAUUCAGGCCUUUAGCAGGGCACAUCGAAUAGGACAAGCUAAAAAGGUGAUGGUGUACAGAUUUGUGACAAAAAAUUCAGUUGAAGAAAGGGUUGCUCAAGUCGCUAAGCAUAAGAUGAUGCUCACUCACUUGGUGGUAAGGCCUGGACUAGGUUCAAAAUCUGGUGCACUUUCAAAACAAGAAAUGGACGAUAUUUUAAAAUUCGGUACUGAAGAGCUUUUCAAGAAUGAUGAUGAUGACAAUACUGAAGGCAGUGAUUUUAUUCAUUACGAUGAUGCCGCUAUUGACAAGAUUCUCGAUCGAAGUCAAGAAGGUAUUCAAGAAAAGGAGAAAGAUACUGGAUUAAAUGAAUAUCUAAGCUCCUUUAAAGUUGCUACCUAUAAAUUCAGUGAAACUCAGGAUGAACCUGAGCAAGAACGAGAAAUAAUUAAAGAUGAAAUGGCUGAACCAGAUCCAACCUAUUGGGAGCGUUUGCUGCGACAUCAUUAUGAACAGCAACAGGAAGAACUGGCUUCCACUCUCGGAAAAGGAAAACGUGUGCGAAAGCAAGUCAAUUACUAUCAUGCUCAUAAUGUUGCGGAACAAGAACGUGAAUGGGAAGACAAUGGAAGUGAUUACAGUAUACACAGUGAUGCUGGUGAAGAUGAUGAAGAAUUUGAUGAUCCAGGCAGACGACGUGCUAGGCGUGAAGCCAACAAGCCUUUGCCACCUAUGCUUGCAAGAGUUGCCGGUAACAUUGAGGUUUUGGGCUUCAACAGUAGACAGCGGAAGACUUUUCUCAAUUUUGUUAUGCGCUAUGGUAUGCCUCCAAUGGAGAACUUUCAUGCACGUUGGCUUGUACGAGAACUACGAAGCAAGACGGAAAAGGAGUUCAAAGCUUAUGUUUCAUUGUUCAUGCGCCAUUUGUGUGAGCCUGGUUCAGACAAUUCCGACACAUUUUCAGAUGGUGUUCCAAGAGAUGGUAUUUCUAGGCAAUUGGUACUCACAAGAAUUGGAAUUAUGGCUUUGAUAAAUAAGAAAGUCAAAGAAUACAGAAAAAUAAAUGGGGAUUGGAGUUUUCCACAUCUGAAUCCAGUUUGGCAAAUGAAGCAUAAUGCAGAAGCAAACGAAAUUACUCACAUAUCCUCUGUUCCUUCAUCUGUUAAGUCUGCAUCAUCUUCAGUAGGCAAUUCUCCAGUUCCAACUCCCUCAGCUUCCAAACCUGUUUCACCAUCUGGUGAUAGCAAAGAAGCAGAGGAUGUUAAAACCGAAAGUGCAUCACAGGAUGAUUCUGUGACAGCUGAAGGAGAGAAGAUGGAUGUCCAAGAAGGAGUAGACAAAAAAGCUUCUGCUGGAAGUAAAGAUGCUCAAACUAAAGAUAAUGAUUCGCCACCUAAUGCAGCUGAUGAAAAUCAAACUGUUAAAGCUGAACCUGAUUCAGAUGUGAAAGAUGUUGAAAAGAAAGGAGAAUCUAAGCCUGAAAAACACAAAUUUAUGUUCAAUAUUGCUGAUGGUGGAUUCACUGAACUUCACACAUUGUGGCAGACUGAAGAACUUGCUGCUAUCCAUUCAGGUCGUAUAAAUGAAAUAUGGCACAGACGUCAUGACUAUUGGUUGAUCGCUGGGGUGGCAACUCAUGGAUAUGCACGAUGGAUGGACAUUCAACAUGAUCAUAGAUUCGCGAUUGUGAAUGAACCAUUCAGAGCAAUGAAUGAAAAGGGAAAUUUCCUUGAAAUGCAGAAUAAAUUUCUUGCCAGGCGAUUCAAACUUUUAGAACAAGCUCUUGUUAUUGAAGAACAGUUACGUCGUGCUGCUUAUUUGAGCUUGACGCAGGAUCCCAAACAUCCCGCAAUGGCACUAAAUGCACGAUUUGCAGAAGUAGAAUGUUUAGCGGAAAGUCAUCAACAUCUAUCAAAGGAGUCAUUGGCUGGUAACAAACCAGCAAAUGCAGUGUUGCACAAAGUUUUAAAUCAACUGGAAGAUCUUCUUUCAGAUAUGAAGGCUGAUGUAGGUAGACUUCCUGCCACAUUUUCACGAAUUCCUCCUGUUGCAGCAAGACUUCACAUGUCAGAGAGAGGAAUUUUGAACAGGUUAGCACGUCAGCGUCAGGAAACUCCACAAGAUCAAGCAAGUGCACCGGUACAACCAGGAGAGUAUCCUACCUAUGAAUUGAUGCCUUUUGGACCUUUUACUUCAGGUCAAGCACUCCCAAGCUCUCAUGUUGCAUCAAAGGAAACAUCGUCAAAAGUCAAUUACAGUCAAAUGCUGCAAGAACAUGAUCGUUCAUCUACUGGGACAACUGAGCAGAGUGUCAUUACUAUUGAGGAUUGAGUCACUCAAUUUGAAUAUUCAUGUAGUGGGCUAUGCAUGUGUUAUCUAAAUGUGAGAAAAGGAGAAAAAAUACUUCCUUUGGCUUUUUUAUUUUUAAUCUGCCAAACAUCAAACAUUCUAGAGCCAGAAAUGUGUGAUUUGCACCACAGAUUUUUUUUUAACCAGAAUUUCAAGACAUUUUUGCAAAGCUCGUUUUCCUAUUAUUUCAAUUGAAAAGUUGUUCUUGUUUCUUCAAACAAAUCAUUUGCAGUUAAAAUUAGGAUCAUACACAUUUAACCAUUAGUACUCGAUUGUGUUUUCAAUACUUAUUCCCUAAGACCAAGUGUAUGUAUACUAAGCUUCAAAUUUAUUUAUGAUGUUUCAAGAAGUCUAUUAUUUUAUCAACAUAACAAGGCAUUGUUCUAUGAUUUCUCAGCUAUUUAUUGUAACAAGACAACUGACCAAACAGUUUCAAUGAAGCUGGCAAAGUUUUAUGCAAGUGUGCAUUGCUUUCUCAAAAUGCCCAAACUUUGACAAUAUAAUUGUAAAGUUAGAAAAAUUCUUAUUACCAAUUACAUUUUAACAAAUGUAUUAUGAUUUGAUAUUGACACCUGUGACAUCAGAAGUUGAUUGAGUGUUUGAAUACAUUCUAAAUUGGUUGCGUUCAAUGUAGUAAAUAUGUCAUUUUAGGAACCAUCUACUAUACUAUGUCGGGUUAUAUCUUUCUGUAGGGGAGGCCAAAUUGGAAGUAUAUUUCAUGAACAAUAUUUUAUUAGAAUCGGUUUUGGCCUUUCUUAAUUGGCAUAAUCAGGAAUUUAUUUUGUUGAGAUGUAGUGAAAGAGUAGUUGAUGUUACUCUCAAUCAUCUCUCCUGAAAUGAGCAUUGAAUAUUAUACUAAUAUCAGUAGAUUCAAGUUAUCAUCAAUUUCAUUGAAGAAGUUUUUUUUUCUGUUUUGUAAACAUUUGUUGUCAAAGUCAUUCAUACACAGCUGUGUUGUUGUACAUCUGUUUUGUAUUGUUGUUUGUCAUUUUGGCAGAAAUUACAUUCUUGCAUCCUUUGUUGUAUAUACAAAAGAAGAAAACAUGGGCUUA